ACAUCAGGUGAUAAAGCAAUCACAAAUGAACGAAGGAAAAAAUAUUCUGAUUAAGUCUUUAAACAUUCACUAACCAGCUACAUAACUCGUGGACGUUAGAACCUGACUAACAAAAGCUUCAGAAACGCUGUGUAAACGCUCGCCGGAACGAAUAGUGUCUCGUUUGCAUGUUGCAUUCCGGACUUAUAACAGUGUAAGACCAUCGAGAUGGCGCGAGCGUCCAAGUCAGCUGUUGUUCUUUGCAUGGAUGUGGGCUUCUCUAUGAGUAACUCAGCCCCUGGCGAGGAAGCCCCAUUUGAACAAGCGAAGAAAGUCAUUCAGAAAUUCAUCCAGCGGCAGGUCUUUGCUGAGAACAAAAACGAGUUGGGCCUGAUUCUGUUUGGAACAGACAACACCAAGAAUCCACUCGCUAAAGAUGGCCAGUACCAGAACAUUUGCAUACACAGACAUUUGAUGAUGGCUGACUUUGAGCUGCUGGAGGACAUUGAACAUAACCUUCAGCCUGGUAGUCAGCAUGCUGACUGGCUUGAUGCUCUUGUCGUUAGCAUGGAUCUUCUGCAAAAGGAAACAAUUGGAAAAAAGUACGAGAAGCUGAAUAUCGCCGUGCUCACUGACCUCAACACACCCACCUGCACAGAUCAGCUGGACAUCAUCAUCGGCAACUUGAAGAGAGCUGGAAUUACCCUACAGUUCUUUCUGCCAUUCCCUAUUAAUGCAAAUGAAGAGGCUUCUGGAGAUGGAGGUCCAAGGCCUCCUCCCCAGAGUGGUAAAGGUCUGAGCAGGGAGCAGAAGCAGGGGCUGGAGAUGGUUAGGCAGGUCAUGACUUCACUGGAUGAAGAAGACAGUCUGGAUGAGGUCUACACUUUUAGUGAUGCUGCGGAGAAGCUGUCCAUCUUCAAGCGAAUCGAGAGACGGCCAAUGGCGUGGCCCUGUCAGCUUACUAUUGGAAGCUCUUUAUCCAUCCGCAUCAUCGGAUACAAAACCGUGUGCGAAGAAAAGCUUAAGAAGUCCUGGUCCAUAGUCGAUGCUGAGAGUCACCAGAAAGAUGAUGUAAAAAGGGACACGGUUUACUGCCUCAACGAUGACAAUGAGACCGAAGUGCAGAAAGAUGAUGUCAUUCAGGGCUUCCGUUAUGGGAGUGACAUUGUCCCGUUCUCCAAAGUGGACCAAGAGCAGAUGAAGUACAAGAGCGAUGGGAAAUCCUUUGCUGUGCUUGGCUUUACCAAGCAGGAGCUGAUUAAUCGUCAUCAUUUCAUGGGCCAUCAGAUUGUUAAGGUUUUUGCUGCCAAAGAUGAUGAGCAUGCAGCUGUUGCGCUCUCUGCUCUGAUUCGUGCCCUGGAGAGUUUAAAGAUGGUGGCUAUCGUUCGUUACGCUUAUGACCGCCGCAGCAACCCACAAGUAGGAGCGGCCUUCCCUUGCAUCAAAGACACAUACGAGUGCUUGGUGUAUGUGCAGUUACCAUACAAUGAGGACCUCCGUCAAUUCGCUUUCCCUUCACUGGAGAGCAACAAGAAAUUUGCUCCAUCAGAGGCUCAGCUGUCAGCAGUGGACAAUCUCAUCAGCUCAAUGAUGCUGAUGGAGGAGGGUGAAGAUGGAGAGAUGGAGGACAUAUUCAAAGUCAACAAAAUCCCCAACCCACAUUUUCAGAGACUCUUCCAGUGUCUACACCAUUGUGGUUUAAACCCAGAUUCACCCCUUCCCCCUAUGGAGCCGGGGCUUAAGCGGAUGCUGGAUCGACCCCAGGCAAUCUCUGCUCGCUGUAAUGCACCUAUGCAGGAGAUGAAGAACCUCUUCACCCUAAAGGAGGUGGUGCAAAAGAAAGGCCAGAAAACCAGUGCAGAUGUGUUUGGGAAUAGCACUGAUGAGCCAGACACAAAAAAGUUCAAAAUGGAGGAAGGGGAGAAGUUCAGCUUAGCAGAGACUUCCGAGGGAAACGUUACCUCUGUAGGCAGCGUGAACCCUGCGGAAAACUUCCGUACUUUAGUGGUAAAGAAGACCAUUCCCUUUGACCAAGCAUGCGAGCAGCUCACCCACAGGAUGGAGCAGUUGCUGGGCAACAGGAGCACCGACUAUUACAUGAAGACCAUCGCAUGCAUCCAGGCCUUUAGGGAGCAGUCCAUUAAGGUAUCAAACGCAACGCUUUUCAACAACUACAUGCAGUCUCUGAAGAACAGCGUCCCAGACAAGAAUCUUCAGGAAUUCUGGGAUCUGCUUGUUGCAGAUUCUAUAACACUGAUCAGCAAGGACGAAGUGGAUAGCAGCGCAGUAUCCAAGCACGAGGCAAAUCAGUUUCUGACAUUUGAAGAGAAAGAGGAAGUGGCAGCUGCUCCUUCCCACGAGGACGCCGGAGACGUGGAUGAUUUGCUGGACAUGAUGUGAACCCGCACCGCCAUUCAGAAUCGCCUUCAUUCCUCUCCACGUGGCGCCGAGGUGACAGUGAUGUUUGCACUAUUUUUCUUUUCCCCGUCUAAACAAAACGCAGGAUUUUGUGCCAGAAUUAAAAAGAAUAAAUGCAAAAAGUCUAAACGUGCGAUUACUCGGUUAUGGCUUCUCUCUAAUCUGCAGUUCAUAUAGCAAUCAGGAUGUAACUUUAUUACUUGGGUUAUGUAGUGAAUAAGAACAGAGGAGAACCUCUUCUUUCAGAGAAUUUCACAAUAUUUGAUGGCGUUAACUAAAAAUAAACAUUCCUUACUAUUA